GAAACCGAGACUAUCAAUAUGUGACAUAUUGAUCAAAUGUCACAUAUUGAUCGAAUGUAAAUGCUACAAUCACAUGUUGAUCAAAUGUAAAUGCUAAAAUUAUAUACUAUAUGAAUUAGUAUUACUAAGUGAUGAUUCAGUCACUCAUACCAGAAGAUGUUAACUCAAAAAAGUCACUCACACGAGAAGAUGUUAACUUUAUAAAGUCGUAUUCUAACAACGUCAUGUCAAUGAUUUCUUUUCUUGAUGAAAGAGGCUUGGGUAUUUUACAUUGGACUGAUGACAUAGGGAGAACCAUUCUGCAUCAUAUUGUUGACAACAGUGGAAAUGCAGCUUGUGUUAAGCUAUUGCUAGAAAAAAACGCUAACCCAAAUGCAGUUUCAGGAAUUGAUGACAAGUGCUCAACACCUCUUCACUAUGCUGCUAAAACUAAUAAUCUUGCUUGUAUGAUCACUUUGCUGGAAUAUGGGGCUAAAAUAGACAUAAAAAAUAGUAUGGGAAAGCGUGCUAUUGAUGUUGCUACAGAUUAUGGAUCAACAGAUUGUAUAAAUCGUCUUCAUGCUAUUUAUGAAUUACGUGAAAAAGAAGAUGAGCUUAGUAAAGCAAAAGCACUUUAUGAAUCUAUUAAAAUAAAUGAUUUUGAUGGUGCAAAAAGAGCUCUGGAUAAUAUGAAAUCAACUUAUACAACAGUGAAAGAGUACAGCUAUGACGGAAAUGAAACCUUGCUUAACAGUGCUUGUUUCUAUGGUAACAAAGCUAUUGUUAAGCUGCUUUUAGAUAAUCAAGCUGAUGUGCGACCGAAUUCUGGGACUGGUGAAACACCUUUAUAUAUUGCAUGUUGUAAUGGUCAUCUUGAUGUUGUAGUUCUCCUUGCACAAACAUUUCCUGAACUUCUCAAUCUUCCUUGUAAAAAAGAGCAAAUUUAUCCACUGCAUGCAGCAAUAAUUCAUGGAAAAGAGUCAAUUGUAGAGUAUUUAUUGACCUUAAGAUAUGUGGAACAUGGGCUAGAAAAAGUUUUUCUAAAUAAUUCAGCUCCACCCAAAUCAAAUAAAUUUUUUGUUCAUAUUAAUCAACCAAUGGGUAAUGGUUACACCCCUAUACAUCUAGCAGUUCAGUAUGGAAACAAAAAUAUAAUAUCUAUGCUUUUGGCAUGUAAACCAUUUAUAAAGAUCACGGAGAAGGAAGAAUAUCCUGGUCGUCUAAUACUAGAUAGUAUAGUUGAUACAAAAACCCCAUUACAUUUUGCUUUGCAGGAUGUAAGAAAUUUAGAAGUUGUAGAAUUGUUAUUGAAAAAUGGUGCUGAUUUAAAUGCAUCAUUUAUUGACAAUGGUUUAAAGUACACCCCAUUGCAAUUUGUGUGCAAAAAUGAAAACAUUGAAGCUUUAAAACUUUUGUUAAAGUACAAUGCUGAAGAUCAUGAUGGAAUCUCUUUGAAUGAAGCUAUGGAAAAUAACAGAGAUGAAGUUGUAAAUGUUUUGCUGAGUAACGGUGUUUAUGUUAAUAUUGAAAGAACAGUAACGUUAAAUGAUUCACAAGACUCAUCAACUCCUGUAUCAAUACACUGGAAUAAGCGUUUUAUCAACAUCUUAGAGGAAAAAUGGAUAUUAGCUGCACCAUCAGCCAUAUAUUCUUUUCAUGAUGAUCUUAUAAAAAAUAAGUUGCACCCUCAACUUAUUACUGAAGUAAACUUAUCAGAUAAUAAACUUGAAUUUGUUCCAUUUAUACUUUUCCAGUUACCUGCUUUAAGAAAACUAAAUCUAUCAAAUAACAGACUUUAUGACUUAUGUUUUACGGAUUCAAGUGAAAAUGAAAGCCAUAUUUUAAACCAAAAUUUGGUUGGUCCUACUUUAGAAGAACUAGAAUUGCAGCAUAAUACACUCAAAACUCUUCCGAAAUUUAUUUUUAAAAUGCCUCUUUUGCAGUAUAUCAACUGCAGCAACAAUAGUUUAAAUAGUCUGCCAAUGGAAAUGUGGCUUUCAGAAUCAUUGAAAGUUUUGUUGCUUGAUCACAAUUAUUUAAAUGAAUUACCUAUUUUAAUAAAUUCUAACAGAAAAUAUAACAUAGAACAAGUGGAUAAUGAAAUUGAUAGUCGUUUAUUAAGGUUUCCCGUUUCGAAAAAAAAAGUUCUUUAUAGUAGAAAAUCAAAUGAGGAUGAUGGUGGUUACAAUAAAGAAAAACAGAAAUGUGCAAUAAAUUCUGGUUUGAUUCAUCUUGAUUUAUCAAAUAAUAAAUUUUCAGACGUGCCAAAUGGAAUUUCAUGUCUUGCACCUAACUUAUUUCAUCUCAACUUAAGUUAUAACAAUAUUUCGGAAAUAAAGUGUAUAUCAUGCUUUCCAAAACAUUUAAGUCAUUUAGCUCUUGUUAAAAACAACUUAAUCUUUAUCAAUUUUUCUGAAAAGCAGCAACCAAAUAGUUUUUGUUAUGCAUAUUCAGAACAUAUUUAUACAACAUCUAACAACACUUGUGAACAUCAACAACAUAAUCAGCUAGUUGAUCUUGUUUAUCUUAAUUUGUUAGGAAAUAAACUUAAAUCAAUCAGUUUGUUUUAUUCAUUUAGUAAUAAAAAAGAGUUAUUUUGUGAAAAUUUAAGAACAAUUAAUAUUUCUGAAACAUUGUUGAAAACGUUACCAGAUGGUUUAAAAGACUUAAAAAAGCUAGAAGCGUUAUAUUUUACUCAAAACUCCAACAUUAGUGAUUCAUUUGAUGGUCUCAUUGAACAAGUUGGGUUAAGUCGCCUAUGUCCAAAGAAUGUUGUUGCAAGUAUAAAGGUUGGUUGUGAAAGAAAUUCAAAUGUUAGAUCUCUACAAAAAGCUGAAGAACUGAUAAAUAAAAAGAGCUUCCCAAAUAUUAAGUUGAUCGUGAUUGGUCCAAAAAAAUUUAAAAAAUCUUCUCUUGUUAAACAACUUCAAAGUGAAGGAAUUGUUAGAAAAGAAACUCAUCUGCGACAUAAUUGGAUUAAAGGAUACAAACUCACCACUAAUACAUUUGCAACCAUUGGAAUAGACUGCUCUCACUGGUCAUAUAUGUAUGAAAAGAAAUGGAUGAAUUUUAUCACUUGGGAGUGCAAUUUCAAUAAAUUUCAUCACGUUUUUAUGUUUCAACAUGCAGUUUAUUUGCUUGUUUGGCAAUUUACUAAUAAAAUUGAAAAUGAGGUGGAGCUACUAAAGUUGUGGUUUCAGAAUAUUCAGGCUUAUGCUCCUGACUCAGCUGUCAUCGUUGUCAUAACUAACACUGAUAGUAAAAUAUUUCCAUCAGUUUCACUAGAAAAGCUUAAAAAAUAUUUUUCUUCUAAAUCAAAUAUCAUAGAUUUUGUUGAAAUUGAUCAAAACAAAGUUCAAAAUAUAAAGUCUCUUCGCGACCUAAUAUCUAAAACUGCUAUGAAUGUUAGAGAUACAACUAAUGUGAUUUACGAAAAAGGUUUUUCUGAGUUCUACCUUACUGUUGAAAAAUCUGUCUAUGUGGUUGCUGAUAAAAUGAAAAUUGAGAGUGAUAGAAAAAAUGAUUUAUCUUUCUAUUUUGAUGGAAAAUUGUUUAGGUCAAAGAUGUUCGAGUUACUUCAUUUACAAAAUUUUGAACUUCAAUAUGGUGAUGAAGAAUUAGAUGAAGCUGUACAGUAUCUUCAUCAUUUUGGUAGUAUCUUACACUUUAAUGUUCCUGCACUUAAUGAUGUUUACUUUUUCAAUCCACAAUGGUUGUGUGAUAUUCUUGUGUUCAUGAUGAAAAUCAUGUCAUCUCAUAAAAACGGCUAUGUAAAAAUAACUGAUAUCAAACGAAAUUUGGUUGAGGAAAGAUUCCUAAUUUCAAAAGGCAUAGAACUUUUAAAUUCUUUUGAUAUUGCUGUAAAGUUAUCUGAGAAUGAAUUGUUUGUUCCAUCAUUUUUGCCAGUAAAUGAAUUAAAUCCAUGUAAAAAUAACCUUCAAAAUGAAGUAUAUCGACGUCAAUAUUUAAUGUCAUUUGUUCCUUCUGGAUUCUGGUUUAAAUUGAUUAAAAGAAUAAGAGUGGAUAAAAAUGUAUUUGAAGCUUUAUCAAAAUGUUUUGGUCUAACAACUACUACAGAUUUACACAGUCAUAACACAGCAAGCUCAGAAAAUUUAGACAAAAUAAAAAUUGAAGAUAUAAUAAAUUGGUCUUGCUGGAAGACUGGAAUCGAAGUUUCAUGUUUUGGAAUCAGGUUGCUUAGAAUUUGUGAGCUACCUUCUAAAGUGGCUUUUUAUGGGUCAAACUCUUCUUCAAUAGCAAAAAAUGUUUCAAGUUCUGAAUCAAGUUUUGUGAACAACAAAACAGUUGUUGAAAUAAUAGUCCCUGUUGUUUACAUAACAAUUGGAAAAUAUGAAUCACAGGUUACAGCAUCAGGAACUCAAGGUAAAUCUAUUGCUCACAACAUUAGCAAUAUCAAAAUUUCCAGCAUUACAGACAGUAAUCAUCUAAUAGCUUGCAAAAUAUUGGUUUCUGCAGUAGAUUGUAUAGAUAAACUUCUCUCUGACUGGUUUUCAAAAUUUAGCUCUAAAGAUGUUAAAAGAGUUUCUUUUUGUAAUCUUUGCAUUCAAAGUGCAAUAGAAGAAAAUAAUUCUCAAUCAAGCAGUUUUAACUUGUCAUUAUUUGAGUUUGAACAUGCUUUAGACUGUUUAAAGAAAAAGAAAGAUUUAAUUUGUCCUUUUCAUGAAAAUUUGGUAGAUAUAAAAAAGGUUUUUCCUGACUUGUGUUUCUUAGACUUCAAUUGUAAAACUUUCUCUGAUGAAAAAAUUGAUUGUGACAAAUUGAUUUCAAAAGGAAAAUUUAAUGAUGUUUUUGCUGUAAAAAUAGUUUCAAAAAACUCUUCAUUUUGUGCAGCAAUGAAAGUUCCUUGCAAUUCUGUUAUAAAAAGCAAAUCUCCAUUUACUGAAAUGGAAGCAUAUAUUUCAUGGAAUCAUGAAGAAAAAUUUGAAUCUUAUAUGUCUUAUAGAAAUUUUCGUGAGGAACUUGCUGUUAUCUUAUCAUUAGAGCAUCAACAUAUAGUUAAGUUCAAAGGGUUAUCUUUAAAACCACUGGCUAUGUUUUUUGAACUAGUUCCAAGAGGUUCACUAAAUAGUUAUCUAGAUAAAUUUAGAGAAUGGAAAACUGAUUUACCGGUUUAUGCAGUUCAGAAAACAAUUCAACAGGUCAGUGAUGCUCUGAACUAUCUUCACUCUCAAAGUAUCAUAUGCUAUGAUUUAAAAAGUGAUAACAUAUUAGUUCAUGAAUUUCCUGAACCAGAUUGCAGUCUCUAUGUAGAAGUUCGACUACUAUUAGCAGGUUAUGGAAAUAGUAAAAAAUUGUUAAACAAAAAUAUGGAAUUUUGCAGAGUUUCACUUUUCAGGGUACAAGAUGAAAUUGAAAAUGAAAAAGUUUUGAGUUUCUUGUUUGGUUCCUUUGUCUAUGAGUUAAUAAAUCUUAGAAAACCAUUUGGUAACUGUGACAAUAGAAACCUUGUAAAUAAGUUCAUAUUAGAGGGCAAGCGUCCAAAAAUAUCACUGGUGGCUAGACAAUAUCCUAUUCCUAUAUUAUCAUUGCUACAUCGAUGUUGGAGUUAUAAUGAUAGACCAACUACUUUAGAAAUUAAAGAUCUUGCAAAUUUGGAUGAACUAACAUCGCUGUUAGAUGUUUUAGAACUGGAUAAAAACUUUUACUUACAGUGUAUAAAAACUUGUUCAUCAAAUUUUUUUAAACAAAGUGCUGUGUCCACUAAUGAUUCAAUUGGUUCACAUGUUUGGUUAAUCAGCACUUCAAAGAAUCAGUCUGCAGAGAAUACAGUUGUGACAAUAUUUUCAUAUGAAGAUUUUAAAUAUGUACAUGAACUUAAUAUUCAACUUAAAGAAAAAAUUAUCACAGCAUGCUUAGUUGGAAAUACGAUGUGGUUAGGAACAGAUAAAAGUACUUUUAAAGUCUACUGCACUUCAAAAUACCGUUUGAUUGCAUAUGGCACAUGUAUAAAUCAUGCUUUUAUAGUUUGCAUGUAUUACUUUGCUUUAAAAAAGUUUGUUGUUUGUGCACAAUCGGAUGGAAAUGUUCUUAUAUAUAGUGAUGAUGUUUGUUCACCAAGUAGAAUUAGUUCUUCGGAACCAAUUGAUUGUCUGCACCCAAUAACAAAUAUAGUUUUGUUGAAGCCUUUAAAUUCCUUUUCAUUAGGUAAUCGCAUACAUUGUAUAUGUGCUGUUGAAUCUAAUGCUUCCAUAAAAAAAAUGUUACCUAAUGACUUUUACAAUUCUGAUACAAAUAUGAAUACUGAAAAAUAUGAGUUAUGGUGCGGCCAAGAAAAAGGGUGUAUUUCAAUACUGAGAGCAAGUUCACUUCCUUCAUACAAAAAAAUAGAGACUUUAUCGGCUCAAGGGAAAAACCUUUCAGGUUUUUCAAAUAAAAUUGUUACCUAUUUAGAAACAAAUAAAACAUUUGAAUCUGAUUAUCAAAACAAAGAUUUUUCCAAAAAUAACAGCUAUGUAUGGAUGGUUGUGUAUCCUGGUACACAAGUGAAAAGAUGGAAUGUAGACUUAAGAAUUGUUGAAGGAGUUUUUGAUGCUAAAAAUUAUUCUGAAGUACACAAGGUGAACUCUGUGAAGCCGUCAAAGAGAUUAAUAACUGAAGAUUGUCAGGCUCAAAUUCAAUCUUUGGUUGUUGUUGAAGACAAAAUGUUUGUUGGAACAUCUUUUGGGGUAUUUUUUACUUGCGAUGCUUACACAAUGAUACCUUAUACGUGGUUAAGAUGUUACAAAGAAUGUUUAAGUGUUGUUUUGCCUUGUCGUAUGCUUUCAAAGCGAGAUGUUAGUCGAAAAGAAAAUCUUAUAUUAACUUGUGGUCAAAAAUCUUUAGGCCGCUGGCUUAACAAUAAUGAUUUUGACAAUAAUCAAACAAACGCUAAAAGAGGUGUUACUCUGAUGACGUGGAAUUCAAAUUCUUUCAAUUAUAGUGUUAAAACCUAGCAUAUAUAUAUAUAUAUAUAUUAUAUAUAUAUAUAUAUAUAUAUAUAUAUAUAUAUAUAUAUAUAUAUAU